CCAUUUUAGUGAGCCGUAAGAACGUGACAGCUCGGAAAUGAAGCUAUUGUUUUUUGUUUUCCUAUUUAUUUGCUUGGUGGUACUGGUCCUCGUCGAAGCAAGUAAUGGGUUCGCCACAAGCGGAGCAGAGGAACCAAAGUUCGACGGUUUGUUCAGGCGGGCACGGCGCCAUGUCCCCGAAAUCAAAUCCGGCCUCCUGCAUGGCCACGAACCGCCACCACCUCCGAAAUUCCGAUCCCUUCGUAAUGCAUUGGAGGGCAGCCUCGUGGCCACUGAUGACAAUCAGCCACCUUCGCAGGUCAGGCAACGUCGUCAGGCUCCACCCGGAAUGCCGCCACCACCGGAUGGCCUUCCACCACCACCACAGUUUCUCCUCUAAAGUAACUGGAAUGUAAAGCAUAAAGUUGGGCGUUUGUGCAUGUAUUUGGAAACCACAUCGAAGCUAAUAAAAGUAGUUUAGAGCAUUCCAAAAACUAG